AUGGUGUCCGCUCAGCUUACAUCCUCUCGACUGAUUCUCAUAACGUUGUUCUAUUCACUUUUAAGGCUCUUGUAUUUUUCCCAUGUUUCUAACGUUUUCACUUUUCCUUCUUUUGCCUCUGCUAGCAUUACUGCUGCUUAUGAAGCUGCAGAAAAUCAAGACAGUGAAGCAAGUGCUCUAUUAGAAUGGAAAGCUAGCCUUGACAACCAAAGCCAAGCUUCUCUGUCUUCUUGGACCUCUGGUGUCAGUCCUUGUAAGAAGUGGGAAGGAAUUGUUUGUGACGAAUCCGAGUCUGUCACCACUAUAGAUGUUUCAAAUUCUGGUCUUAAAGGUACUCUUCUCAGUCUCAAAUUCUCAUCCUUUCCUAAACUGCUCAUUCUGGAUAUUAGUAACAACUCUCUUAAUGGAACUAUUCCCCAACAAAUUGGUAACUUGUCCCGAAUUUCUCAAUUGAGAAUGGGAUCAAAUAAACUUUCUGGUUCCAUUCCCCCAACAAUUGGAAUGUUGACAAAUCUCAUUCGACUUGACUUGUCAGAUAAUUCUCUCUUGGGUACAAUCCCUUCAAUUAGUAGCUUGAGAAAUUUAGAACUACUUUGUCUCUAUAACAACAGUCUCUCUGGCCCCAUUCCUGAGGAAUUGGGAAAACUCUCUGCUCUAACAACAGUUGUGUUGUCCAACAAUAACUUGUCUGGGCCAAUCCCACCCUCCAUAGGAGAUUUGUUCAAUUUGAUUAAGUUUGAAUUUCCUAAUAAUACAGUUUAUGGAUCAAUUCCUCCCACUAUUGGAAACAUGACUAAACUGACCUAUUUGCACAUGGGCCAGAACUCAAUUUCUGGAUCAAUUCCUACCUCCAUGGGAAACUUGGUAAAUCUAAUAGCACUUGACCUUUCAGGGAACCAUAUUUCUGGACUUAUUCCCUCCACCUUUGGAAAUUUGACAAAGCUUGCCUUCUUAAUAGUGUAUCAGAACAAACUUCAUGGUAGAUUACCACCAGCACUGAAUAACUUUACCAAUUUCCAAAACUUACAACUAUCUACCAAUAGUUUCAACGGUCCUUUGCCUCAAGAGAUUUGCCUUGGAGGGUCACUUUUAAAAUUUGCUGCUAACCGUAAUUAUUUCACCGGUCCAGUUCCAAGAAGCUUGAAGAAUUGCUCCAGCCUUUUUAGGCUCAACCUUUCGGGAAACAUGUUGACUGGAAAUAUAUCCGAUGAUUUUGGUGUGUAUCCAAAUUUGUCUUUCGUUGAGUUGAGUAGCAAUAAUUUUUACGGUCACCUUUCACCAAAUUGGGCAAAUUGCUCUAGUCUCACAAGCCUUAGGAUUUCUAACAACAAUUUAUCCGGUGGCAUCCCACCAGAACUCGGCCAGGCUCCCAAUUUAGAAGUGCUUAAUCUGUCUUCAAAUCAUCUAACAGGGAAAAUUCCAAAAGAACUUUGUAGCUUGACCUCAUUGUUUCAACUCUCCUUAAGUAACAAUGAACUUUCAGGCAACAUUCCCAUAGAAAUAGGAUCUAUGACGAAACUUAGAUUUUUGGAGCUGGCAGCAAAUAAUUUAAGUGGCCCAAUCCCAAAAGAGCUCGGAGGGUUGCACAUUUUAUCGACUUUGAAUUUGAGCAAGAAUGAAUUCAUAGAAAGCAUUCCCUCUGAAUUUGGGCAACUGCAAUCUCUUGAAAAUCUCGACCUCAGUGUGAAUUUGUUGAAUGGACAAAUACCAGCAGCUACGUUUGGAAAGUUGCAAAGAUUGGAAGAGCUGAACCUCUCGCACAAUAAUCUCUCAGGCACAAUUCCAUCUGAUUUUAAAGAUAUGUUGAGCUUGACAUAUAUUGACCUAUCCUACAACCAAUUAGAGGGUCCAAUUCCAGCAUUUACCAAAGCUCCAAUUGAAUCAUUGAAAAAUAAUAAAGGCUUGUGUGGUAAUGCAUCCGGCUUGGUGCCUUGCCGAUCUCAUGGUCAAAAGAAAAGAAGAGUCAUGAGAUGGGCACUAUUGAUUACUUUGGGUGUUCUAUUGGUAGUAGUGUUCUUGGUUGGAGUUGCAUUUUGUAUUCAUUGUCAAAGAGCAAGAAAAACCAAACAGGAAGCUAAAGAAGAACAAACUCAAGAUCAUUUUUCCAUAUGGAGUUAUGAUGGAAAAAUGGCGUAUGAAAAUAUCAUUGAAGCCACAGAAGAGUUUGAUGACAAAUAUCUCAUUGGAGAAGGAGGGUCUGCAUCUGUUUACAAGGCUAAAUUACCCAAUGGACAGGUUGUUGCUGUGAAGAAACUUCAUGCUACACUCAACGGGGAAAUGCUCGAUCUUAAAACUUUCACAUCUGAAGUUCGAGCCUUGACAGAAAUCAAACAUCGUAACAUUGUGAAGUUAUGUGGAUUCUGUACACAUCCACGUUUCUCAUUUCUGGUGUAUGAGUUCAUGGAAGGGGGUAGCUUGGAUAAAGUACUAAAAAAUGAUACACAUGCAACAAUGUUUGAUUGGAAUAGGAGGGUGAAUGUUGUUAAAGGGGUGGCAAAUGCUCUAUACCAUAUGCAUCACGGUUGCUCCCCUCCUAUAGUUCAUCGUGACAUAUCAAGCAAGAAUAUUCUUUUAAAUUUGGAAUAUGAAGCUCGCAUCUCUGACUUUGGAACAGCUAAGAUUCUGAAUCCUGAUUCACACAAUUUAACCUCGUUUGCGGGCACUUACGGGUAUUGUGCACCAGAGCUUGCUUACACCAUGGAAGUGAAUGAGAAGUGUGAUGUCUUUAGUUUUGGUGUGCUUUCUUUGGAAAUAAUAAUGGGAGAGCAUCCAGGAAAUCUCAUAUCUUCACUGUUUUCAUCAUCCGCUGCGAAGUCAGUAGCAUCUAAUUUGCUAUUGAAGGAUGUGUUGGAGCCACGACUUCCUCAUCCGGUGAAGCCAGAUGUUGAGGAGGUUAUCUUGAUUGCAAAAAUAGCAUUUGCUUGCUUAAAUGAGGAUCCGCGUGUUCGUCCAACCAUGGAAGAAGUUUAUAAUGAGUUUGUGAUGCCAAAAUCACCUUUAGAGGAAUCGUUCUCCAUGAUCACCCUUGGACAACUACUAAAUACAUGAACCUGGUUUUCUUGUGUGUUGCAAGGUUUUUAUUCCUUUUUGUCGUCUUUUGUAAACUUUGUUUGGUUACGUCGUCUUUUAUCAGUUAAAUUUUGGGCUUUAAAAAUGCCUAGGAAAUAAUUGCGAAGCAGCUUAUGUCUUUUAGUAAGACCAGGACUCUCUUUUUUGGUUGAACAAGUACAGUGUAAUCUUAAGGGGAGGCCAGUAAUUGCUUUUUAUUAGGUAAGGAUAUUUUGAUAA